CUCUGAGUAGUAUUUGGGAGCAAAUCACGCCAAGCCCUUGAUUUGAAAUCGACCGAAAUUUCCUCCCUUUGUCCCUCACCCAUAUCACCAAAUCUACACCUUCUCACUUCUCCACACAGAUAUUCAGGAAAGAUGGCCCGUAGACCCGCUCGCUGCUACCGCUACUGCAAGAACAAACCCUACCCCAAGUCACGCUUCAACCGUGGUGUUCCCGACCCCAAGAUUCGUAUCUUCGAUUUGGGACGCAAGCGUGCCGGUGUUGACGAAUUCCCCCUUUGCGUCCACUUGGUUUCUAACGAGUACGAACAACUUUCUUCUGAGGCCCUCGAAGCUGCCCGUAUUUGCGCCAACAAGUAUCUUGUCAAAAUUGCUGGAAAGGAUGGUUUCCACAUGAGAGUCCGUGCUCACCCCUUCCACGUUAUUCGUAUCAACAAGAUGUUGUCUUGUGCUGGAGCCGAUAGACUUCAAACUGGUAUGCGUGGUGCUUGGGGUAAGCCUAACGGAACUGUCGCCCGUGUCAACAUUGGUCAAAUCAUUCUGUCCGUGAGGACACGUGAUACACACCGUGCGACCGCUAUCGAGGCUCUGAGGAGGUCCCAAUAUAAGUUCCCCGGUCGCCAAAAGAUCAUUGUCUCUAAGAACUGGGGCUUCACACCCCUUCGCCGCGAUGAGUACCUUGAGAAGCGCCGGGCAGGUGGGGUCAAGGUUGACGGAGCAUACGUUCAGUUCUUGAGGCCACAUGGGCAGUUGGAGGACAACAUGCGCAGGUUCCCUGAGGCAUUUGCUGCUUAAAUUCGUUAAUAAGUGGGUUCGGGGUGGUGUUGUAAGUCUUUUGUAUGUCAUAUAAGAACGUUCAUGGCAAAUAUACGGAACUUGAGAUUAAA